GACUGCAAGAAGAAAGAGAAUCUUCUCUUUGUUUUGCAGUUCUUCUUUUGCUCAGCCCUUCCAGGCAGCUUCUCUUCACCGAUCCAAACUCCCACCAAACUACCACGCAGAAAUGAACGCAGAAGCAGCCACAGCCCCCGAAGGCUCCAAACCCAGCCCCCCCAAGUUCACGCAGAAGGAGGCCAGGCAGUUCAAGAGCAAGGCUCCCAAAGCUGGACAGAAGGGAUUCAAUGAUCUCCCCGGGAUGGAUGACCUUGGAGGUGCAGAGGUCAUCUGCCCAUGGGAGACGUUUGGUGACAUGGAGCUGAGCGAUCUGGCCCAGAUUGGCAUUGUCUAGACCUUAUGCCAAAUGGAAACAGUCUAUUCCUGGUGGCUGCAAUCCAGAGGCUUUUUUAGAUGCUUUCCUCAUUAGUUCUCCCCCUCUUUUGGCGGGGAGACGAGCAUGAAUGGUUACCAUUUAAGGACGACCUUCGAUAACUGGAGGACAAAAGCUCUUGGACAGCAGCCCCCAAGAAUGACUCUUCUUCUGCCCUGGGCCAGUACAUCUAAACACCUGGAAGUUUUAACAUCUCUCUGAGCUCUUUAUUCUCUUUGAUUUCAUCUGAAUGAGAAGUCCUGUGUAACCCAGCACCCGUGUAAAAGUGUAACACACUGUACCGCUG